GAUGGGCGGCUGGGUCUGGGCUGCUUGGGUCCGGCAAUGCCCAUGAGUUUGCUGAGGAGGCUUGGAACCCCGGGCCAAUCCAGCUGGGCCUGGGGGGCCAUCCUGAUUUCACAGUAACAGCCUUUUAGGGCAUCUACUUUGUGCCAGGCAGGGUGCCAGAUCUGGGGCUGGAAAGGCCAUCGAGACACCUUCGAGUGGGAGACAAGGGGGAGUAGAUAGCUCCUCUGCAGGCAGCAGAAGGGGGGUACAGGAAGCUGUUUGCGUGAGUUGGUGGAGUAGCUGAGGUCUCUGAGAGGAAGAGCCCUUUGAAAUGGACUUGGAAGGUUGAGAAGGAGUUUGACGGAAGGACUUGUUCAGGUGGCUGCUCCUUGUGUUCCUCCAUCCAGCCAUGAACUGGUGCCCAUCACCACGGAGACUGUCCCCAAGAAUGUAGUGGAUGUGGGGGAAGGAGACCACAAGGGUGGAAGCUCUCCAAAAAGCCUCCAGGAAGGGGACUCCAUGAGAGUUUCCCCAAGCAUCCAGCCGCAGCCACAGCCUCUCAGUCUCUCCAGAAACAUGAGUGUGAGCCGGGCCAUGGAGGACAGUUGUGAGCUGGACCUGGUGUACGUCACCGAACGCAUCAUCGCCGUGUCCUUCCCCAGCACAGCCAAUGAGGAGAACUUCCGUAGCAACCUCCGUGAAGUGGCCCAGAUGCUGAAGUCCAAACACGGGGGCAACUACCUGCUGUUCAACCUAUCCGAGCAGAGGCCUGAUGUCACGAAGCUCCACGCUAAGGUCCUGGAAUUUGGCUGGCCUGAUCUGCACACACCGGCCCUGGAGAAGAUCUGCAGCGUCUGCAAGGCCAUGGACACCUGGCUCAAUGCAGACCCCCACAAUGUUGUUGUUCUCCACAACAAGGGAAACCGAGGCAGGAUUGGGGUUGUCAUCGCAGCGUAUAUGCACUACAGCAACAUUUCAGCCAGUGCUGACCAGGCUCUGGACCGGUUUGCAAUGAAAAGAUUCUAUGAGGAUAAGAUUGUGCCCAUUGGCCAGCCGUCCCAGAGGAGGUACGUGCACUACUUCAGCGGCCUCCUCUCUGGCUCCAUCAAAAUGAACAACAAGCCCUUGUUCCUGCACCAUGUGAUCAUGCAUGGCAUCCCCAACUUUGAGUCUAAAGGAGGGUGCCGACCGUUUCUCCGCAUCUACCAAGCCAUGCAGCCUGUGUACACAUCUGGCAUUUACAACAUCCCCGGAGACAGCCAGGCCAGCAUCUGUAUCACCAUUGAACCAGGGCUGCUCCUGAAGGGAGACAUCUUGCUGAAGUGUUAUCACAAGAAGUUCCGGAGCCCGGCUCGAGACGUCAUCUUCCGUGUGCAAUUCCACACCUGUGCCAUCCAUGACUUGGGGGUUGUUUUUGGGAAGGAAGACCUGGAUGAGGCCUUCAAAGAUGAUCGAUUUCCUGAUUAUGGCAAAGUGGAGUUUGUCUUUUCCUAUGGGCCAGAGAAAAUUCAAGGCAUGGAACACCUGGAGAAUGGGCCCAGUGUCUCUGUAGACUAUAACACCUCUGACCCCCUCAUCCGCUGGGAUUCCUACGACAACUUCAAUGGACAUCGUGAGGAUGGCAUGGAGGAAGUCGUGGGUCACACUCAAGGGCCUCUGGACGGGAGCCUGUAUGCCAAAGUGAAGAAGAAGGAUUCCCUGAAUGGCAGUUCGGUGCCCGUCACUGCCGCGCGGCCUGCCCUGUCAGCCACUCCCAACCAUGUGGAACACACACUGUCUGUGAGCAGCGACUCUGGCAAUUCCACCGCCUCCACCAAGACAGACAAGACCGAUGAGCCUGUUUCUGGGGCCGCCACUGCCCCCGCUACCCUGAGUCCUCAGGAGAAGAAGGAGCUUGAUCGCCUGCUAAGCGGCUUUGGUGUAGACAGAGAGAAGCAAGGCGCCAUGUACCGGGCUCAGCAACUCAGGUCCCACCCAGUCGGGGGCCCAACGGUGUCCUCCCCUGGCCGCCACAUCGUCCCAGCCCAGGUUCACGUCAACGGUGGGGCUCUGGCAUCUGAGCGGGAGACGGACAUUCUGGAUGAUGAGCUGCCCACCCAGGAUGGGCAGAGUGGGGGCAGCAUGGGCACGCUGUCCUCCCUGGAUGGGGUCACCAACACCAGCGAAGGUGGAUACCCAGAGACCCUGUCCCCACUGACCAAUGGUCUGGACAAGCCGUAUUCCGCAGAACCGAUGCUCAAUGGUGGAGGUUACCCCUAUGAGUCUGCCAGCCGGAUGGUGCCCGUCCACAGCAGUCACUCAGCCCCCAUCCGGCCCUCCUACUCUGCUCAGGAGGGUUUAGCCGGCUACCAGCGUGAGGGACCCCACCCAGCCUGGUCCCAGCAAGUGGCUAGCACCCACUGUGGCUAUGACCCCAGUGGUCUGUUCCGAUCCCAGUCCUUUCCAGAUGUAGAGCCCCAGCUGCCCCAGGCUCCAGCUCGCGGGGGCAGCAGCCGAGAGGCUGUGCAGAGGGGGCUGAAUUCGUGGCGGCAGCAGCAGCAGCAGCAGCAGCAGCAGCAGCAGCAGCAGCAGCAGCAGCCUCUCCCACCACCCCGCCAGCAGGAAAGAGCCCCACUGCAGAGUCCUGCCAGCAGCAAGCCUAGACCCCAGCUGUCAGCAGAAACCCCCAUACCUGCUCUCCCAGAGUUCCCAAGGGCAGCCUCUCAGCAGGAGAUCGAGCAGUCCAUUGAAGCCCUCAACAUGUUGAUGCUGGAUCUGGAGCCAGCAUCUGCGGCUGCCCCUCUUCAUAAGUCCCAGAGUGUUCCUGGGGCCUGGCCAGGGGCUUCCCCACUUGCUUCUCAGCCCCUCUCGGGCUCUUCCCGCCAGUCCCACCCACUGACCCAGUCCCGAUCUGGCUAUAUCCCUAGUGGGCAUUCCCUGGGAACCCCGGAGCUGGUCUCUUCUGGCAGGUCAUAUUCGCCUUAUGAUUAUCAGCUGCGUCCGGCUGCCUCCAACCAGAGUUUCCGUCCCAAGAGUCCAGCCUCUUCCACCUUCCUUCCAAGCCCCCACAGCUCUGUGGGGCCUCAGGAACCCCCAGCCUCUCUCCCUGGUCUCAUCACUCAGCUUCAGCUCCCACCAAAGGAAACUACUUCAGACCCCUCCCGAACUCCAGAGGAAGAGCCACUGAACCUGGAAGGGCUGGUAGCCCACCGGGUAGCAGUGUACAAUGCCAGACUGCAGGGCCUGAGGCAGAGUGGCGGCUUCCGACCCUCUCCUCUCCACCGGCUCCGAUCUGCCUCCGCCUCUGGGGUUCAGGCUCGGGAGAGGCAGCCUGCAGAGCCCCCAGCCCCGCUCCGGAGGCGGGCAGCAAGUGAUGGACAGUAUGAGAACCAGUCUCCAGAGGCCACAUCCCCCCGUAGUCCUGGGGUCCGCUCCCCGGUCCAGUGCGUCUCCCCUGAGCUGGCUCUUACCAUUGCCCUCAAUCCUGGAGGGCGGCCCAAAGAGCCCCAUCUGCAUAGCUACAAGGAGGCCUUUGAGGAGAUGGAGGGGACCUCCCCCAGCAGCCCGCCACCCAGUGGGGUGCGCUCCCCUCCAGGCCUGGCCAAGACACCCCUCUCUGCUCUGGGUCUGAAACCCCACAACCCAGCAGACAUCCUGCUGCACCCCACUGGUGAGGAAGAUGAGGGGGAGCAGGUGACUAAGCCUCCAGAAGAGCCCCGGAGCUAUGUGGAGUCUGUGGCGAGGACAGCAGUGUCAGGGCCUCGGACUCAGGAUGUCGAGCCCAAGAGCCUCAGUGCCCCAGCCGCCCAUGCCUAUGGACAUGAGACACCCCUGAGGAACGGGACCCCGGGUGGCUCCUUUGUCUCCCCCAGCCCCCUUUCCACGAGCAGUCCCAUCCUCAGCGCUGACAGCACUUCCGUGGGCAGUUUCCCAUCAGGGGGGAGCAGUGACCAGGGCCCCCGGACACCCAUCCAGCCCAUGCUGGACUCCAGCAUCCGCUCAGGCAGCCUGGGGCAGCCGAGUCCUGCAGCAUUGAGUUACCGGAGCUCCUCACCGGUCCCGGCUGGGGGCAGCAGCUACAGCAGCCCUGACUAUUCCCUUCAGCCCUUCAGCUCUUCUCCAGAAAGCCCAGCCCAGCCACAGUUCAGUGCGGCCACCGUCCACAUGGUGCCUGGGAGCCCUCAGGCACGACACAGGACAGUGGGCACCAACACUCCACCUAGUCCUGGCUUUGGUCGGCGGGCUAUCAACCCCACCAUGGCUGCCCCUGGCAGUCCCAGUCUGAGCCACCGGCAGGUGAUGGGCCCGUCUGGCCCUGGUUUCCAUGGUAACGUGGUUUCUGGCCACCCAAGCAGUGCAGCCACCACACCUGGAAGCCCCAGCUUGGGCCGGCACCCAGUGGGAAGCCACCAGGUUCCAGGCCUCCACAGCAGCGUGGCCACAACUCCAGGAAGCCCAAGCUUGGGUCGACACCCUGGGGCCCACCAAGCGAAUCUGGCCUCCAGUCUCCAUGGCAAUGCAGUCAUGAGCCCUGGGAGUCCCAGCUUGGGCCGGCACCUGGGUGGAUCUGGAUCUGUGGUUCCCGGAAGCCCCAGCUUGGACCGGCACGCGGCUUACGGUGGCUACUCUACCCCCGAGGACCGACGGCCAACGCUGUCUCGGCAAAGCAGUGCCUCUGGGUACCAGGCUCCUUCCACACCUUCAUUCCCGGUCUCCCCUGCCUACUACCCUGGCCUGAGCAGCCCUGCCACCUCGCCCUCGCCAGACUCGGCAGCCUUCCGGCAAGGGAGCCCCACACCAGCCUUGCCGGAGAAGCGGAGAAUGUCCGUGGGAGACCGGGCCGGCAGCCUCCCCAACUACGCCACCAUCAACGGGAAAGUGUCCUCCUCACCCAUUGCCAAUGGGAUGUCCAGCCACAGCGGGAGCAGCACAGUCUCCUUCUCCCACACGCUUCCAGACUUUUCCAAGUACUCGAUGCCAGACAACAGUCCCGAGACACGGGCUAAAGUAAAGUUUGUCCAGGACACUUCCAAGUAUUGGUACAAGCCUGAGAUCUCCAGAGAGCAGGCCAUUGCACUCCUGAAGGAUCAGGAGCCAGGGGCCUUCAUCAUCCGUGACAGCCACUCCUUCCGAGGGGCCUAUGGGCUGGCCAUGAAGGUGUCCUCACCUCCUCCGACCAUCACUCAGCAGGGCAAGAAAGGAGACAUGACCCAUGAGCUGGUGAGGCACUUCCUAAUAGAGACCGGCCCCAGAGGGGUCAAGCUCAAGGGCUGUCCCAAUGAGCCAAACUUUGGUUCCCUGUCCGCCCUGGUCUAUCAGCACUCCGUCAUCCCACUGGCUCUGCCCUGCAAACUGGUCAUCCCAAGCCGAGACCCCACAGAUGACUCAAAAGAUAGCUCAGGCCCUGCCAACUCAACCACCGACCUGCUGAAGCAAGGAGCAGCUUGCAAUGUGCUCUUCGUCAAUUCUGUGGAUAUGGAGUCACUCACCGGGCCACAGGCCAUUUCUAAAGCCACAUCUGAGACUUUGGCUGCUGACCCCACGCCGGCUGCCACCAUUGUUCACUUCAAGGUCUCUGCCCAAGGAAUCACACUGACCGACAAUCAGAGAAAGCUCUUCUUUAGACGACACUACCCCCUCAAUACUGUCACCUUCUGUGACCUGGAUCCACAAGAAAGAAAGUGGAUGAAGACAGAGGGAGGCGCCCCUGCUAAGCUCUUCGGCUUCGUGGCCCGGAAGCCCGGCAGCACCACGGACAACGCUUGCCACCUCUUUGCGGAGCUUGACCCCAACCAGCCUGCUUCUGCCAUUGUCAACUUUGUCUCCAAGGUCAUGCUGAGCGCUGGCCAGAAGAGAUGAAAUCCUGGAGUCCUUGCCCAAGGCCCAGGGCACUGGGGAUGGGGCGUGUGGGGGAGGGGAUCUGCGAAUCCUGACCACCUUGAAUCCGGGAAGAGGACUUUGGGGUGGCUGUGGAGAAGGAGAGGAGAAAGUGGAAUGCUGGGAAAGGGAAGUGAAUUCACUGUGGGGGAGGGGAGAGGGAGGGAGAGAACGAAAGGGCCCAAGAGAGGAACUCUGCAAUCCCCUGUACCUAUGGAAGCCACACCUCCCAAAGCCUCUCCACCUAGCUGGGGGUCCUGGCUCCCCUCCCGCUCUGAGAAAAUUGAGCUCCCACAGGGAACACACAGGCCUCUUUGCAGGGACCAGAUUUCAUGGAGCAAUGAAAAAGUUUGUUCUCCCUAUCCCUCCUGCCUUGAGAGCAGAAACCGAGCUGAGACUCCUUCUCUGGAGGUAAGGUUGCUAAAUCCAGUGGCCAGCGUAUGACAUCAAGAGGUGACACUCCCUUACAUUUUGCUCACCCGAGGCACCCGUGGUCUGUGCUUGCUCUGACUCCUUGUUGCAGGAUGUAAAUGUGACCCCACACACUCAUCCAUACCUGUCUCUCUCUACUCUAGCUACAAACAGCUCUGCUUGUCUGUGUCUUGUGAUACACAUAUACACAUUGACCAAAGAAGGCUAGGGGUAUGGGGUGGCAGGGUACCAGGUCAGGGACAAGCUGUCUCCUGUAGGAGCAUAGCAGAAUUAUGGGUAGCAGAAUUCUCUCUCUGUUCCUACAACUGCCUUCUAGUGGCCCUGGGGGCCUCCAGCCUGUCCCCUGUAGAGACCUUGGUACAGAGGGCAUAGCCAGCCUGUGGCAUCAGCCUAGUUCUGUCUCCUUGAGACUGAAGCUGGGCUGGAGAGAGAGGCGGUGCCCACAGUCUUGGGAAAGAUCCCUGUUAGGAAGGGUGGCAUCUUUUCUGUGGCUUGUGGUAAGUUGGGCAUGCGCACUGAUAGCAUCCAGGACUCUGCCUUAUUCUCUUCUCUCGGCCCAGUUCCUGGGCCGGGAGUACCAGCUCUAGCUUGGUACACCCUCACCUGCUUGAGGCCUGCUGGGGGAAGGGAACUGUGCCUUUCUGACCUACCCCAUCCUAUAUGGUCCUUAUGUUGGCUUAUCCCAGGAGCCUGCUUCCCAAAGUCCUGCCCAGGGUACCCGGGGAUGCCUGGAGCCCCCUUUUCACCCUCUGUGUUUUGGGGUCUGACUGUUGCAGACACCUUUCUGGCUGGGGCUGCCCAGGGUGACUGAUACCAGAGCGCCUCUGGGGUUGCUGCUGGAGAACCACAUGGUCCUCCUAUAAUGCCAAAGCUUCCCUGUUCCCCUCUGCCUCAGUUUCCCCAGCAGAACCUUGCUGCCUGUGGGACAGAGGACGGAAGGUAUGAAUUUAGGCCAAAGGUCCUAUAUCCAUUUGUGGGGUUGGGAAGGCCCCUGUCACCACUCAGACCUCCAUUUAAAUCCAUGGGGGUCCCUCGGGUGGCAUUGUACUGAUAUAUAAAUAUAUAUAAUAUAUACAUGAGACAUACUGAUAGAAAUCUGUAAUCUAAUAAAAAUAUAAGAAAAGGUUAAAAAAAGAAUAGGUAAAUUGACAAGAAAUAUUUAUUGUUUUCCCAUAUUGCUUUAUUGCCCCCUGGCCGCAAACUGUUUCCAUUUCUUUUCUAAGGUGUAAGUAAAGUCUGAACUGCAAGGGAUCUUUAUAUUCCAAACAGCCCAGGGCUGGCCUUGGCCUUGAUCCUGGUCUUGGCCUCCCUAGGCUACAUCUGGGACUUGGGGGAUGACAUGCUCCAGUUCUUUAGCCCCUCAUUUUCUGGCAAGCAGUAGCCCAGCUGCCAGCAUCCUGGGUGUGUGGACGGCUGCUUCCAUCACCACAGGUCUGAGCGCGUGUUUGGGGAUGCAGGUGUGUAUGGCUGUGGUGUGUGCAUCUCUUUUUUUUCCCUCCUCCCGGGAGCUUUGACUGUGUGGACGUUGUUUUGAGGAAUUGGAAAGAAGAAUGUCUAGGUUAGGCGGAGAUCAUGGGUAGAGAGACCCCCUUGGGGCCUCUGCUUCCCAAAGAAUAAAUGGGCUUAGCAGUCAAGGUCCUUCUAAAGUGUCCUUGCCUCUGAGAUAUUGAAGGCAAAUGUCUUGAUCACCCCUUUCCUCGUUCCCCAAAUGAGCCCCACUCCUUCCCAAAUUACAAGAAGAAAUUUCUUAUCCCUUUCUUUGUAAAUACCCUCAUCCUGCUGCACAGCCUGGAGAGCCUUCUCCUGGCUGGGAUGUUCACUUGAGCCGUUAAGGAGCACCAGGGCUUCUGUAGCCUGCCUUAGGCCAGACCUGAGUCUGGGGUCAGCCUUGGUUUCACUUUCCCAUGCUGCACUCAGGCCCAAGCCGUGUGUGAGUCAUGGGAAGGACCGAGGUGGAUGCUGGGAAGGCGGGUGCCUCCCUCCCAGCAUGCCUCUAGAAGGAAUGGAGACCUGAGUUUGGCUUUUCUGGAAGAAUGUUGGAGAAGGGGCCUCAGUUCGUACACUGGGAACCACGCUGUAGCCUGCCCCCUUCUGCACUGUGAUUCUCACAGGUGGGCCUCUGCGCAUUCAUGCACACACACACGCAUGAGCAAACACACACCACACAACCACACACAGAGACCACAUGCACUCUCACCACUCAUAUGCAACCUAGUCUUGCCAAAGAUUUGUUUUAAAGAAGAGCACUUUUUUACCCAUUUUUUUUUUGUGAGUGAUCUGUUUUUGCUGUUCUACAUUGUUGAGCCUGUAUGUCAGCAGGGAGAGUGCUGUCCGCUCUUAAAUGUGAGCGAAGGAGGAGGGGUCAGGAGGCAAGAGAACCUGGCAGCCUGUCUCACCAUCCUCCAGACCCCUCAGCUACAGCCCGGGUCCAUACUGCCUCUGGUGACUGUAAAGAUUGCUGAGGUUGGCCUGGGGCCUCACCCUCCCUGGUAUCUGGGGGUGAGAUGGCAGAGAGGGACACUGAGGAGCCAGGUGUGGGGGAAAGGAAGGUCCCCAUAGUCCCAGGGGAUAAGGGUGAAGAGCUGGGCUAGAAUACAGUGGAUAGGUGGCCCCAAAGGGAAGCUUGGGAAAAAUAAACAAUUGGAUAUUGAAGUCACUGUUGUGCUACUGUGGACCCCUGGCUCCCUUGUCUAGUUAUAUCCGAGGAACGAAUUCACGUCUUAGGUUUGGAAAGGCCAUUUGGAGUCCUCUCCUCUGGCCUAUCCCCAGUGGCUUAGAUGGCUUUGGACAUGAUUGCCAGGAUUUCUGGUACACCCUGGCUUUGGAGAGUCCCUGGAGAAACCUAUCUGGGGGUGUAGGGAGGUCACUGUGGCUGUGUGUCCCUCUAGAAAGGGGCUUUCAGGAGAGAGAAAGACCUUGUCCUAGGCUUGAAUAGAAAUGAAACAGACUCCCUCUGCUGUCCGGGAAGGGCAGGAGAGACUUGUGAGUGAACAGCAUCCAUCCUGUUCUGGGUUUUCUUCUCCAUCCUACCUAAGAUUUCUGAUCCCCCUUUUCCCAGCUUUAGACCUUGGGGAGAUCCAUCCAAGGGAACCAGCCCUCUCCUGCCUCCAUGCCUUGGGUCCUUGAAGAGCUGGGACCCAAAGCUAGGGCCACCCCUACACUUAGGCCUUGGUGAAAGAUCUAGAGACUGGUGUUUCCAUGGUCAGUGGUGACAGGAUGUUUGUGUGUGUGUGUGUAAGUGUGGGUGUGUGUGCAUGGUUUGUUCUCUUUAGGGAACUUUGAGGUGGGAGAUGGAGUGGUGGAUGGAGGGAUGUCAAGUUCAAUGUGACCCAGUAGUGAGAAGAACCAGGAGGUGAGGCCCGGUGGGCCACAGAUUGGUAGUAUUUUAGUACUGGUAAUGGAGAGGACAGCCACGUGGGAUAAGGCUCAGCAGGCCUCUUCCUCGUUGUCUCCUGUCUCCUCAAACAGCUGACAAGUUGGAGGGUCCCAGCUGGUUCCCAUGCCUGGGCCCCUCACAACAGCAAGGCCAUCGAAGUGCGACACACCCACGACAUGUCUUCUCAUCAGUGUUCACAACCCAGCCCUUCCCUUGGACCCACAUCUGGCUCGUUUGUGUGUGAGCGUGUUGGGGGUGUACGUGUGGUGUCUCCUCACGUUCUUUCUUCCCUUCUUUCAUUCAAAACCAAUGUAAGAAGUUCCGUACACCCUGGUUAUCCCAACCCUGCCCCUCGGGCCCUCUGCUGGGAAACCCACGCCCAGAGUCCAUCCCCGGCCCCCGCAGCCCUCUGCUGUGUAUUUAUAGAUGGAAAUAUACUUUAUAUUUUGUAUCAUUGUGCCUGUAGCUUCCGCCACCUUGUAUAAACCCUGUUGUAAGCUGUGUUCUGGAUACGAAUGUAUGUACACAUAUGCUGUCUCCUUCUGUACAGCUGCCCUGUCUCUUACAAUCCAUUGUAUGGCUUUAUAAAUGAUAAUGUUAAACACA